GGCUGGAAACAGAGGUCUGCUCUGACGUGGUUACUGACUCCAGGGCUGGCAUGUGCUCCACAACGGAAAUGGAAUGGUUGUGCCCUGGGCCGGGGGGGGGGCGCUGGAGAGUAAGAGGGGAUGUAGCUAAAGAAAGCUGGUAGACAGCAUCAGGAUGCCCUCCAGCUAGUCGGCUCCCAGGAAGUGACAUGCUUCCACCCCAGAACUAGGAAGGUUGCUACUUAGACUUCAGAAAACUUGGGGUCUCGAGGGGCACAGAAUGUCAUUCUGAUAUUUUAAUUAUUUUUGAAAGCGCUCCUCCUUGGUUUAGCCCCUAAAGCUGAAUUUAACAGCUGUGUUGCUGCCAUAUGCACAACAGGCAUCUCAGCUGGCAGGGGGUGGGGUGGUGGUGGUGGUGGUGAAAAUGCCACUGCCUUUGGGAAGUUUCUAAUGAAGUGGUGGUAAGGGUGAGAGGGAUGCUUAGUUCACAACCUGUGACUGUGCCUGAGGCAGAGCAGUAUAGGAAGAGGGGGAGACAGGGACAACUCAAGAACGUAACUUUGAGAUGGGUCUGGAGCUUUAGCUAGGGGUACACAGAACAGGUCUGGAAGCCUGGGGACGAAGUCUAGCCAGUCUGCAGGAGCAUUGAACAUAUAGGGGAAAUGCAGUGUCCUGUGUUGGAGACUGGAGUUGUGUCUUCCAGCUUCUCCAUGCUGCUCAUGCCCCCUGGUGGCAGUCCAAGGUGCUGGGGAUAUUUACACAUCCCAGGCACAUGCCCAUCAUGUGGCCACCAUCAAAAGGAGGGGUUCUGUGGAUGGCUUAAAAGAUUCAAAGAAACGCUCCAUUCUUCUAGGGAUCUCUCAACCCAUCCUGGCCUGGGGAGGCAAGAGGCUGACAGACUUAUCAGAGGCAGGUGACCAAGAAGCUGGGAGGUGGUGGGGAGGGCAGCAGAAGGCUAGGCUCCUUCACACUGGCAGUGAGACUCCAUGAGUAGAACUCAGGGUCCUAGCCAGGAAGUAUCUGGACUCUUUCCAGGCUGACCUGUCCAACCGGGGAGAGGGCAAGUGCAAGGGAGAAUUGGGGAAGGUACCCAGAUGGAAGGAGAUAGGCCAAAGGGAUGCUCAAGCCCUUCUGAUGACAUCAUGAGCUGAGCAGGACCCUGGGAGUCUAACAAUAGUUGGAGCUAGAGCCUCCAUUGACUGCUUCCUGCCCCCUGCACAGGACUAUGCCCACACAGGGGCCACAGAAGAGGCUGCUGGACUCUUUCAACUUCACCCCCACAGCCACCCCCAAACUUGGGCUACUCACCAACCAAACAGAAUCCUGGUGCCUGCAGGUGUCCAUCCCAGAUGGCCUCUUCCUCAGCCUGGGACUGGUGAGUUUGGUGGAGAAUGUGUUGGUGGUUGUUGCCAUCGCCAAGAACCGCAACCUGCACUCACCUAUGUAUUGCCUCAUCUGCUGCCUGGCUCUGUCUGACCUACUGGUGAGUAUAAGCAUUGUGCUGGAGACCACCAUCAUCCUGCUGCUGGAGGCAGGUGCCCUCGUGACCCAGGCUGUUGUGGUGCUGGACAAUGUUGUCGACGUGCUCAUCUGUGGCUCCAUGGUGUCUAGUCUCUGCUUCCUUGGUGCCAUCGCCAUAGACCGUUACAUCUCUAUCUUCUAUGCACUACGCUAUCACAGCAUUGUGACACUGCCCCGGGCACGACGGGCCAUCGUGGGCAUCUGGAUGACCAGUGUCUUCUCCAGCGCACUCUUUAUUGCCUACUACAGUCACACAGCCGUCCUACUCUGCCUUGUCACUUUCUUUCUAGCCAUGCUGGCACUCAUGGCAAUUCUGUAUGUACACAUGCUCACUCGGGCAUGCCAGCAUGCCCAGGGCAUUGCCCAGCUCCACAAGAGGCAGCGCUCUACCCGCCACGGCUUCUGCCUCAAGGGUGCUGCUACCCUCUCUAUCCUCCUGGGAAUAUUUUUCCUGUGCUGGGGCCCCUUCUUCCUGCAUCUCUCACUCAUCGUCCUCUGCCCUCAGCAUCCCACCUGCAGCUGUGUCUUCAAGAACGUCAACCUCUUCCUCAUUCUCAUUAUCUUCAGCUCCAUCAUUGAUCCCCUCAUCUAUGCCUUUCGAAGCCAGGAGCUCCGCAUGACACUCAGGGAGGUGCUACUGUGCUUGUGGUGAGCAGGGAGGGUGGCUUUUGGGCUCAGGGCCAGCGUGCUGGGCGGAGGGUGACAGUGGUACCCAGUGGCUUGCAUCCUGUGUGACCACAGGUAGCAUCUUCCCUUCCUGGUCUUCAUUUGUCUAAAGAUGGACUAGAUGAACUUUAAAAUGGAAGCACAGACUGCCUGGGACUGGGGAGAGGGAGAAGUGUGAUUCUAGGGGUCAUCCAAGGCAGCUUUUGGAAAAUGAAGGAGGCAAGGGUAAGAGUUUCAGCUCUAAGCAAAGGAACAGACCACAGGCUCCCAAAGAGACAGUGUCUCUCUCAGAGACCUCCAUCUCUACCCACUGACUAGGCAAUACCCAACUGGCUCUUGCUGUCUGUCCUUUCUUGGGGCUGGGCCCUCAACUGCUCUGGAUUAAAAGAAUGACAAGAACCGUGAAGGAGCAUAGCUCCUGGCAA